UUUACAGUAUUAAAGUUUUAGUAUCACCCCAUUCAGACGCCAACUGAAGUCGUGGAUUUGUUCUCUGACGCAAGUGUUCUCGCUGAAAAAUAUUUAUUCAUAGGUCAUGAUGUGUAGAUAAUUUCUAAAACUGAUUAUUUAAAACCAUCGUUGAUUUUAUUAUUAUGACAAUAGCGAUAACAAUAAGAGUAAGCUAAAUGUAAGAUAAUAUUUUUUGUUUGUUACCGUCAGGUUGGUGUUCCUACUGCUGUCAGUUCUUGGCACCGCCCAGUUUGCGGGAGCUCUCCUGCCGAGCUUCUCGAUGCCUGUUGGAGUGACUCUUACAGAUGGCGAGGAGUUCGAGUACAUAGUGGUGGGCGCGGGCGCGGCGGGCGCGUCGGUCGCCGCCCGGCUCGCGCUCGCCGGCGCCAGCGUGCUGCUCGUGGAGGCGGGCGGAGACCCGGACCCCAUAUCCUGGGUACCAGCUGCAUUCGCAGCGCUAGUGAAUCCAGCCAUGAACUAUCAAUAUAAAACAAUUUCUAACAACGUGUCGUGUCUGUCAUCACAGAACAGACAAUGCCAGGCCCAUCGCGGCAAGGGUCUCGGGGGUUCCACCAGCAUCAACUACAUGAUGUACGUCCGCGGUAACCGACACGACUUCGACGAGCUGAACAUCACCGACUGGUCCUGGAAACAAAUGGAGCCUUACUUUUUGCGUUACGAGGGCUUGCAAGAUUUGAAUCUUCUUCCCGCAUCUUCCAUACCAUAUCAUAAUACCACGGGUACUAUGAAGAUAGGAUUCUUCGAAGACUCUAAAAAUCCGUGGCAUUCGAGAAUUAUUGGUGGAUAUGAAGCGCUUAAUUUCCCUCGUAAUCCUGAUGUCAAUGGGGUAUCUCAAAUUGGAGUUUCUCGAAUUAUUGGAUAUACAUAUAGAAACGAGCGCAUGAGUACUGCACGAGGAUAUCUCGGAAGAGACGAUGUGAAGAGGAAACUGAAAGUGGCCAAGUACACCAGGUGCACAGGAGUCAUCAUAGACGAUGACAAUGUGGCUCGUGGCAUUACGGUCGUUCAUGGACCUUCUAAUGCUACAUUACGACUCUAUGCGUCGCGGGAGGUUAUAUUGAGCGCGGGGGCUCUCGUCACUCCACAACUACUUAUGUUGUCGGGCAUCGGUCCUGCUGAUCAUUUAAAUGAAAUGGGUAUACCAGUUCGCGUAGAUCUGCCAGUAGGCAAUAAUAUGACAGAUCACGCGCUGGUGUCAGUUUUUAUUAAAGUAAAAGAAGAAUUAAAUUUAUUGAAAGAUAUUUUGAAUACCACUGAAAAAAAUAGUUCGCUAGCGAGUAUAUUAUUAACUCGAGGUGGAUCUGUCGGCGUUACUGAUGUAGUUAGUUUCAUGAACACUUUGUGCUAUGAUUUUGAUAAACGGCAGCUCACCGGAAACAGUUCCGAGUGUGAGUUGCCGACGACACAAUACAUUCAUCUGUAUGCAGAUAAAGGUUUGCUUGCAAUCGGGGGGCCCGAACUCAAACUCCACCUGAAAAUUUAUGACUCUGUGAUUAAUCAAUUAAGUGAAAUUAAUCAAAAUUAUGCUCUUAUAACGGUAUCGCCCAUAGUUUUGCAACCAAAGUCUAGCGGUACGGUGCGGUUGGCAAGCGUGGACCCGCUUCAAGCGCCUGCUAUUUUUCCUAAUUAUAUGUCUGAUGACCGCGAUGUGGAGGAGAUGGUACGCGGUAUUCGGAUUAUUGAGCAGAUGAUGGAAACGCCGGUGUUCAAGGCUGCGGGUGCGUCACUAGUGCGGUUGGAACUAGAAGGCUGCCCCGGCAGCAGCCAGCAGCAGGACUCGGCCACAUACUGGCGCUGCUAUGCGCGCCACCUAACAUACACCGUGUGUCACGCGGUGGGCACGAACGCGCUGGGCCGCGUGCUAGACGCACGGCUGCGCGUGCGCGGGGUGGCGCGCCUGCGCGUGACCGACGCGGGCGCGCUGCCGCGGCUGCCGCGCGGUAACCCCGCCGCCGCCGUCAUCGCGCUCGGCGAGAGGCUCGCAGACUUCCUUCUAGAGGAUAAUAUUGAUUAA